AAAGUGACGUGAGGAACAUGUGACAAUGUACGCUGUCUUUCCUCCUGCAAUUACACCACAAAUGCACUAAGGACACACAAGAAGCCACACAGACCUAGAGCGAUGGCUUGUUCCAUCAGUUCUCAGGUUGCAGAACAGUGCCUGUGUUCAAUAUGUCAGGAUUUCUUCACUGACCCAGCAACCAUUCCAUGCGGACACAACUUCUGCAUGGAAUGUAUCACUCAACACUGGGACAGCAGUAUAGGACCUCAGUGCCCACUGUGCAAGACGGACUUUCACUUGAGACCAGAACUUGGCAUCAACAGAGAGUUCAGAGAGCUCAUUGAAGGACUGAAGAGGGCGGAAAGUCCUAUCCAACUUGGCACAGUACCAUGUGAUGCCUGUACAAAAAUAAAGAGAGGAGCUUUAAAGUCCUGCCUGCAUUGUGAAGGAUCUUUCUGUAAAACACACCUAGAGCCUCAUAACACUGUAGCAAAACUGAAGAAGCAUAGGAUUAUCAACCCUGUGGAGAAUCUGGAGGAUUAUAUAUGCCCGAAGCAUGAGAGGCCGCUGGAGCUGUUCUGCAGAGAUGAUCAGAAGUGUGUGUGCCUGUCAUGCACGACAAAAGACCACAAAGCCCACAAGAUUGUUCCUGUGGAGGAGGAAAGCGAAGAACGGAAGUCUCAGUUGGGGAGGAGACAAGUCGAGGUUAAUUUGAUGAUUCAGAGCAGGAUGAAGAAAAUUGAAGAGAUCAAAUGCUCGAUACACCUCAGCAAGCAAAGCUCAGAAAAAGAGGAAGCAGACAUUGUUGAGCUUUUCAACAAUCUGAUCUGCUCCAUCGAGAGAUGUCAGUCUGAGCUGCUGGAGGUGAUAGAGCAGAAGCAGAAAGCAGCAGAAACACAGGCUGAAGAGCUCAUUAAAGAGCUGGAGCAGGAGAUCGCUGAACUCAAGAGAAGAAACGCUGAGCUGGAGCAGCUCUCACACACUGAAGAUCACCUGCACCUUCUACAGAUUUAUCCAUCCCUGUGCACGCCUUUAGACUCCAAGAUCUGGGCUGAGAUCAGUACUGACACUCAUCUGAGAGAGGACAGUCUGAGGAGAGCCCUGACAAAGCAUCAAAAAAUUCUCAAUAGUGUAAUGAUGAAGAUUACAGAAACUGAGCUAAAGAAGAUUGAGAAGUUUACAGUGAAUGUGACUAUGGAUCCUGACACUGCUCAUCCAAAACUGUUCUUGUCUGAGGAUGACAAACAAGCUGUGUGCGGAGAAACACGACAGGCUGUCCCAGACAGUCCAUGGAGGUUUGAUACAUGUCCCAGCGUCCUGGGGAAGGAGGGCUUCUCCACUGGGAAAUUUUAUUUUGAAGUGCAGGUGAAAGGGAAAACUGACUGGGAUUUAGGUGUGGCGAAGGAGUCUGUUAAGAGGAAGGGAGUAAUUACUCUGAGUCCAAGGUACGGACUCUGGACUCUGUGGUUAAGGAAUGGUAGUGAGUAUAAGGCAUGUGACUGUAUGUCUGUCCCUCUCUGUCUGAAAGUCAAGCCCCACAAGGUGGGUGUGUUUGUGGAUUAUGAGGAGGGUUUGGUCUCCUUUUAUGAUGUGAACUCUAAGACUCACAUCUACUCUUUCACUGGUCAGUCAUUUACUGAGAAACUCUAUCCGUAUUUCAGCCCGGGCUUUAAUUAUGGAGAUAAAAAUUCAGAACCACUGAUCAUUUCACCUGUCGGCAUGGAUAAGUGGAUUUCAGUCAAUUACAACUAUUUGUGAAGAAGAAGAAGAAGAAGAAAAUAAGAAUGAUUGUCAGUGUAAUAAAUGACAGUUUUUUUCAUUACAAUAACCUCAAAUAGAGCUGAUCUUAAAACUUAUUAGGUUUUUUUUGAGAAUUUGUGAUUUUGAAUCUUAUAAAAUAUUUUAACGAGCCUCAUGACUUAUGUUUAGCUGUAACAAUGAAUUCGACAAUAAAUAAAUGCAGAAAACAAAUUCUCUCUCGAAUCGAUUCUGAGCUUGGUUUUUAACAGCAGAUGGCGCUCUAAUCUACUUUUUUAACCCCACACGAAUGCUCAACAAUAUGUAUCAUGGAUAAAUCUUAAAUUCCAUUAAAAUAACUCAUUGAUACUAAAAUAACACUGAUUGAUGGAUAAAUAUUGGCAUGUGAGGAAUACUGUAAAUGACAACAUAAUAGAAAAAAAAAAAUGACUGGCAUAAAAUGAUUUUAACUUCAAAAUGUUUAAAAUAUUUUACAUUUUGGUCGGUGUUUCAUGAUGUUAAAGGUGUGUUCUUGACCUUUUCUCCAAAACCAGAGACCAGGAGAAAAAGCCUAGUGUGACUUCCGUAUUCAUCUGAAAAUCUGAAGGAUUUUAUUUGCCAGAAACACAGGAGACAGGAGACCUUUGGAGCUGUUUUGUUGAGUCAAACACUGUGUGUCAGAUGUUUCCAGCUGCAUGUUUUUCAGAGUACUUCAUAUAUGUCAAUUUAUUAAGUAAAUCGAGGACCGUAUUAAGUAAAUAUAUUUACUUAAUAUAUGGCAAGAAAGUCUAAACAGAGCUUGCAACCCUGCCAUGCACAUCAUGGCUGUUAAUGGCUCUCCUGAUGAUGGACUCAUGAACUUCAACAUUAACCAAUGUGAGAAAAGCUUGUUAGAAGUUAUCUUUGGGGUUCUGUGCAAUCUUGCUUUGGAGUGAUCUUUGUUGGUCGACCACUUCUGGGGAGGGUAACUGUGGUCUAGAAUUUUCUCCAUUUGUACUCAAACUGUCUGACUGUGGAUUUGUAAAGUCCAAACUCUUUUUCCAGCCAUUAGCAACAACAACUUUUCUGAGGUCCUCACAGAUCUCCUUUGUUUGUGCCAUGAUUCACUUUCACAAACAUGAUCAGACUUUAAUAAA